AGAGAACAAGGCAGCAUGCGAAACGAUACCAAAGAAUAUUCUGACUCUCUUUGGACAAACGGCUUUUCACAAGGAAACCUACCCCCAGAAGUCGACCACAAAGGCAACGUUGAAUAUAAAUUAAAAUUGAUCGGACCAACCACUCAAAGGCUAGAACAGCUCGUAACUCAACUAAAAUGGCGAAUAUCUGAAGGAAAUGGAGAGGCUCUAUAUGAAAUAGGUGUAGCUGAUGAUGGCACUUGUAUAGGUCUUUCGUCUAAAGAAAUGGAAACAUCAUUGAGCACUCUGAGAAAAAUGGCUAGCUUAUUAGAAGCCGAUGUGUAUAUAGUACGGGAGGUUAUACUCGGCGAUCCCGAAUUUUCGUUCCAUUCGUCUAUUCCUGAUAACAGAGUUGUGGAAGCCCUUGUCAAGAAGAACAACUCAACUCACUCACGAUGGCCUAUGGAUAUACGUAUUGCAAUAGUAGGUGGUUCAAAUGCAGGAAAAUCAACGCUACUAGGUCGAAUUGCCCAUGGAGAGCGAGAUAAUGGUAACGGGGUUGGACGAAUGAGCCUACUGCGGCAUCGACAUGAAAUUGCUUCUGGAAACACAUCUUCUAUUGCACACGAAAUUAUCGGUUAUGACUCAGGGGGAAGUCUCAUAAAUUUUGCGACUAUGAACAUCAGUACUUGGGAGCAGAUCUGUGAACAAAGCUCAAAACUUGUCACACUUCUUGAUACCUGCGGACACCCCAAGUAUCUCAAGACAACCAUAUCUGGUCUAACGGGCUAUGCACCAGAUUAUGCAUGCCUAGUAGUUUCUGGAAAUGCAGGCCGUAUAACAGAUAUGACACAAGAGCAUCUUUUGUUAGCAAUUAUGCUACACGUUCCUGUAUUUGUAGUCGUGACAAAGACAGAUGCUGCUACACCAGAUCAGCUUAGUCGCACACUUAGAUCCCUUUUUUAUCUUCUUAAGUCCCCCUUGAUCAACAGGAUACCAGUAGUUGUGCAAGACACAGACAGCAUCAUUAGUUGCGCAGCAGAUUUGGUCUCAACAGGGUCAAAAAUUCCGAUAUUCUUAGUGUCUAAUGUCAUGGACACAAAUAUUAGUCAUCUUGAGCAUUUUUUUGAACUUUUGCCCAAGCCCACAAAGGAGAACAAUGAAAAACUACUGGUGGGACCAGUAGAAUUCCAGAUCGAGAGUGUCUAUUCACUUCCAGAUGUAGGCGCUGUCAUUGGAGGUGUUCUUCAAAAAGGUUCAAUUGAUAUCAGGGGCAGUAGCACACCACGAACUUAUUUCCUUGGCCCGGAUUCCGAGGGAAACUUUGUAAAUAUAAUGGUUAGCUCAAUGCACAGACAUCGCAUGCCAGUUCACUAUGCCUCUAGCGGACAAACAACAACGCUUGCAGUAUAUUCCCCGGAUCGAAAGGAGCUUUGCAUCAAAAAAGGAAUGUUUGUAUUAGGCACAGACACCCCAGAGUGCUUUUUCGAGUUUGAGGCAGAUUUUAAUGUCCUUUAUCAUCAAACGCGUAUCGCAAAAGGUGCUUGUGGCCUAGUUCAUCUCGGAUCCGUGCGGCAACCAGCACGAAUUAUGUCUAUAAGAAAAAACACAGCGACUGAGCCACAAAUAGCAUCGAAUAACAAUCCUUCCGCAGCAGAUUGCUUAUCCAACGAGCCAUCAAUACCUCAAUCGUUAGAAACAACAGAAUUAGCGUCUGGAGAAAGAGGCAUAUGCGUAUUCCGUUUCAUGAAGGAACCUGGAUACCUAAGUGUAGAUUCCCGCUUCUUAUUUAUCCAAGGAAAAUCUAAAUGUUUUGGUCGGAUAACGCGACUAAUAAGCAUCAAUCAUACAAAAGAGAGAGAGGCUACAUGCCGAGCAAAUCCUACUACUAUAGCAUAUUCUUCUGCCAUUAUCAACAAAGGGUGAUUAACUUGAGUUUAAUACUAAUAUUCCAAAUAAAUUCAACUGUUGUCUUGAGUCUCGACGUUUAGAUUACUUAAAAGAGACUUUAUACACACACAUGCAAUG